CGGAGCACUUCCGGAGUUGCGGAGAACGCUCCGGCGGAGGAAGUAGCGCGGGCCCUGACCGGCGUCGGCCGCAGCAGCCGCUGCCGUCCCGCCAGGGUCCGUUCCCUCUGGUCCGGCCUGACCCAGUCCGGCCCGCCCGGACUCAGCGGCCGAGGGACCGCGACCCCCGGUUCCCUUGUAGGAGGGGAACCUGAAGUUUUCCUCUGCCUCUUGAAUAUUUAGUUGAUGAGCAGCCUGGGCAACCUGUAAGCCCAAAUCCUGAAGAGGAAUCCAGGGAAAGGGAAAGGUGUGCUCUUUUGCUGUGAUUCUGGAGAUGGAAAUCAUAUGACAGACUAUUUGGGUGACAUCUUUCUGAAAGAUCUUCAAGGAUUACAGAAGACAAAAACACUAAUGUAUUUGAGAAAGUGGUAAAGAUUGGGGGGAGGGAAAAAAACCCUGCUUUCCUGAUUUGCAACUUGGCUGGAUGCUAAGAUGUCUGUGGACAUGAAUAGCCAGGGGUCUGACAGCAAUGAAGAGGACUAUGACCCAAAUUGUGAAGAGGAGGAAGAGGACGAGGACCCUGGGGACAUAGAGGACUAUUAUGUGGGAGUAGCCAGCGAUGUGGAGCAGCAGGGGGCUGAUGCCUUUGAUCCUGAGGAGUACCAGUUUACUUGCCUGACCUACAAAGAGUCCGAGGGUGCUCUCAAUGAGCACAUGACCAGCUUAGCCUCUGUCCUAAAGGUGUCUCAUUCAGUUGCUAAACUUAUAUUAGUUAAUUUCCACUGGCAAGUUGCAGAGAUACUGGACAGAUACAAGUCUAACUCUGCUCAGUUGCUCGUGGAGGCUCGUGUUCAGCCCAGUCCUUCGAAGCACGUCCCCACAGCCCAUCCCCCUCACCACUGCGCAGUGUGUAUGCAGUUUGUGCGGAAGGAAAACCUCCUCUCUCUGGCCUGUCAGCACCAGUUCUGCCGCAGCUGCUGGGAGCAGCACUGCUCCGUACUUGUCAAAGACGGCGUGGGUGUGGGAGUCUCUUGCAUGGCUCAGGACUGCCCACUUCGAACACCAGAGGACUUUGUGUUUCCGUUACUGCCCAAUGAAGAACUAAGAGACAAAUACAGGCGCUACCUCUUCAGGGACUAUGUGGAGAGUCAUUAUCAGCUUCAGCUGUGCCCUGGUGCAGACUGCCCCAUGGUCAUCCAGGUACAAGAGCCCAGAGCUCGCCGAGUCCAGUGCAAUCGGUGCAACGAGGUCUUCUGUUUCAAGUGCCGUCAGAUGUAUCACGCCCCCACAGACUGUGCAACAAUCCGGAAAUGGCUCACGAAGUGUGCAGACGACUCUGAGACGGCCAACUACAUUAGUGCUCACACUAAAGACUGUCCCAAGUGCAACAUCUGCAUUGAGAAGAAUGGAGGCUGCAAUCACAUGCAAUGCUCCAAGUGCAAACACGACUUCUGCUGGAUGUGUCUAGGGGAUUGGAAGACCCAUGGCAGCGAGUACUACGAGUGCAGUCGGUACAAGGAGAACCCUGACAUCGUCAACCAGAGCCAGCAGGCCCAAGCCAGGGAGGCCCUCAAGAAGUACUUGUUCUACUUUGAGAGGUGGGAAAACCACAACAAGAGCUUACAGCUGGAGGCACAGACGUACCAACGGAUUCAUGAGAAGAUACAGGAGAGGGUCAUGAAUAACCUGGGGACGUGGAUUGACUGGCAGUACCUACAGAAUGCUGCCAAGCUCUUGGCCAAGUGCCGAUACACCCUGCAGUACACGUACCCGUAUGCGUACUACAUGGAGUCUGGCCCCAGGAAGAAGCUGGCCCUGCCCGGCUGCAGCCCCUCUCCUUUGACCCUCCUGCUCUGCCCAUACAGUUCGAAUACCAGCAGGCUCAACUGGAGGCUGAGAUCGAAAACCUGUCGUGGAAAGUGGAGCGUGCGGACAGCUACGACAGAGGGGACUUAGAGAACCAGAUGCACAUAGCAGAGCAGCGGAGGAGAACCCUGCUGAAGGACUUCCACGAUACCUAGGCUGGAUGGGGUGUGCGCGUGAGGACGCCGUGGCUCCGAGGUCUCCGGCUGCCACGCGGCACGCUGCGGGCUCUGCCUUUCACGACCCUGGGCGGCAGCCAGGGCCCCACCCUGAGAGACGCCGGCCAUACUCCUCCUAGUCAACUUCUGUUUUGUCCUCAUCUUUCUGCUUUUUGUUUCUUGGCCUCUUCAGGAUUUUUAAUUCCCCCUGGAUGGUUGUUGGGAGGGAGGGAAAGUUUUUCUGAAUGACUAUUAAUAAUAGUAUUAGAUCAUUACAACUUAUGUAAUUUUCAAAGGUUGUACAAUUAUAUAAAAAAAAAAGGCAAACCAACUAUAGAAUUACACAGAACCCUUUUUAAAAAUAAAUUGGCAUUGGAGUGUUUUACCCUCUAGCUAAUUUACUGAGAAGGUGACACAUGCUGCCUGCCCACCCUGCCCCCAGACGCACUGCAGGGGGUCCCAGGGCGGCCUCUGCUUCUAGACUCACUGGGGGCUUGGCCGCGGCUGGCAUCCCAAGGUCGGAGCCCGGGUGGCAACGGGGGAACCGAGUUCGCCUGUGGAACAGGCACAGCAUACAGGGGGCUGCAUCACGCCUCCUGCCUGUUCCUUACAGACCCUUUGUGGCGGGGUGCACCUGCCUCACCUUGGCAGCCAGGGAACAGGGUCCUGCCACUCGGUGUCUGAGUGUCUCCGGUGGUGCUGCUUGUCGUGGGCUCAUCUUUAUUCUCGAAGGUGAGGCUUCCUGGCCUGGCUCCUGAGGCCGGAGCCCACAGCAGCACACAGGCGGGCUUGUGGCCCUCCCGACCAGGGGACAGGAGUGUGGCACAGCAUUUCCUUUUGUCUCCUGAAGGUAGAUGUCCGCUUUCAAAGGGAGUUGUUCCCCAAAAUAAAUCGGUUUAAUCACG